AUGGCCGUCCGGCCCGGCCUGUGGCCAGCGCUCCUGGGCAUAGUCCUCGCCGCCUGGCUCCGCGGUUCCGGUGCCCAGCAGAAUGCCACGGUGGCCAACCCGGUGCCCGGCACCAACCCAGACCUGCUCCCCAACUUCCUGGUGGAGCCCGAGGAUGUGUACAUCGUCAAGAACAAGCCAGUGCUGCUGGUGUGCAAGGCCGUGCCCGCCACGCAGAUCUUCUUCAAGUGCAACGGGGAGUGGGUGCGCCAGGUGGACCACGUGAUUGAGCGCAGCACGGAUGGGAGCAGCGGCCUGCCUGCCAUGGAGGUCCGCAUCAACGUCUCGAGGCAGCAGGUGGAGAAGGUGUUCGGGCUGGAGGAGUACUGGUGCCAGUGUGUGGCCUGGAGCUCCUCAGGCACCACCAAGAGCCAGAAGGCCUACAUCCGAAUAGCCUAUUUGCGCAAGAACUUCGAGCAGGAGCCGCUGGCCAAGGAGGUGUCCCUGGAGCAGGGUAUCGUGUUGCCCUGCCGCCCGCCGGAGGGCAUCCCCCCGGCAGAGGUGGAGUGGCUCCGGAAUGAGGACCUGGUGGACCCGUCCCUGGACCCCAACGUGUACAUCACCCGGGAGCACAGCCUGGUGGUGCGACAGGCACGCCUGGCCGACACGGCCAACUACACCUGCGUGGCCAAGAACAUCGUCGCGCGACGCCGCAGCGCCUCCGCUGCUGUCAUCGUCUAUGUGGACGGCAGCUGGAGCCCGUGGAGCAAGUGGUCGGCCUGUGGGCUUGACUGCACCCACUGGCGGAGCCGCGAGUGCUCUGACCCAGCACCCCGCAACGGAGGCGAGGAGUGCCGGGGUGCUGACCUGGACACCCGAAACUGCACCAGCGACCUCUGCGUGCACACUGCUUCUGGGCCAGAGGACGUGGCCCUCUACGUGGGCCUCGUCGCCGUGGCCGUGUGUCUCCUCCUGCUGCUGCUCGUCCUCAUCCUCGUUUAUUGCCGUAAGAAGGAGGGGCUGGACUCAGAUGUGGCCGACUCCUCCAUCCUCACCUCCGGCUUCCAGCCCGUCAGCAUCAAGCCCAGCAAAGCAGACAAUCCCCAUCUGCUCACCAUCCAGCCAGACCUCAGCACCACCACCACCACCUACCAGGGCAGCCUGUGUCCCCGGCAGGAUGGGCCCAGCCCCAAGUUCCAGCUAACCAAUGGGCACCUGCUCAGCCCGCUGAGUGGCGGCCGCCACACGCUGCACCACAGCUCGCCCACCUCGGAGGCCGAGGACUUUGUCUCCCGCCUGUCCACCCAGAACUACUUCCGCUCCCUGCCGCGAGGCAUCAGCAACAUGGCCUAUGGGACUUUCAACUUCCUAGGGGGCCGGCUGAUGAUCCCUCAUACAGGGAUCAGCCUCCUCAUCCCCCCAGAUGCCAUACCCCGCGGGAAGAUCUACGAGAUCUACCUCACGCUGCACAAGCCGGAGGACGUGAGGUUGCCCCUAGCCGGCUGUCAGACCCUGCUGAGUCCCAUCGUUAGCUGCGGGCCCCCCGGAGUCCUGCUCACCCGGCCUGUCAUCCUUGCUAUGGACCAUUGCGGGGAGCCUAGCCCUGAGAGCUGGAGCCUGCGCCUCAAGAAGCAGUCCUGCGAGGGCAGCUGGGAGGACGUGUUGCACCUGGGUGAGGAGGCGCCCUCCCACCUCUACUACUGCCAGCUGGAGGCUGGCACCUGCUACAUCUUCACCGAGCAGCUGGGCCGCUUUGCCCUCGUGGGAGAGGCCCUCAGUGUGGCCGCUGCCAAGCGCCUCAAGCUGCUGCUGUUUGCCCCCGUGGCCUGCACCUCCCUAGAGUACAACAUCCGAGUCUACUGCCUACAGGACACCCGAGAUGCACUCAAGGAGGUGGUGCAGCUGGAGAAGCAGCUGGGUGGACAGCUGAUCCAGGAACCUCGUGUCCUGCACUUGAAGGACAGUUACCACAACCUGCGCCUGUCUAUCCACGACGUGCCCAGCUCCCUGUGGAAGAGCAAGCUCCUCGUCAGCUACCAGGAGAUCCCCUUUUAUCACAUCUGGAAUGGCACACAGCAGUACCUGCACUGCACCUUCACCUUGGAGCGUGUCAGCCCCAGCACCAGCGACCUGGCCUGCAAGGUGUGGGUGUGGCAGGUGGAGGGUGACGGGCAGAGCUUCAACAUCAACUUCAACAUCACCAAGGACACAAGAUUCAUGGAGCUGCUGGCUCUGGAGAGUGAAGGGGGGGUCCCAGCCCUAGUGGGCCCCAGUGCCUUCAAGAUCCCCUUCCUCAUUCGGCAGAAGAUCAUUACCAGCCUGGACCCACCCUGUAGCCGAGGUGCCGACUGGCGGACUCUGGCCCAGAAACUCCACCUGGACAGCCAUCUCAGCUUCUUUGCCUCCAAGCCCAGCCCCACAGCCAUGAUCCUCAACCUGUGGGAGGCAAGGCACUUCCCCAAUGGCAACCUCAGCCAGCUGGCUGCAGCAGUGGCCGGACUGGGCCAGCCAGACGGCGGCCUCUUCACAGUGUCGGAGGCUGAAUGCUGAGGCCAGCCAGGCCCCCAACACCUACACUCUCACCAGCUUUGGGACCGACCAGGGACAGGCAGAAGCCGGACAGGGCCCUCCCCCACACC